AUGUUCUCUGGUCUGAUGGGUUUGAUGGCGGAGCACGCUGCUGCGCCGGGAAUGCGGGACCAAUUUAAAGAGACGUUUAGAUGCUAUCCUAUCGAUGCUAUGAACGACCGGAUCAAGAAACCAGGUGCCAACUAUGGCGGUAAGAUAUUUCUCCCAGCAAGUGCGUUGAACAAACUGUCUGUUUUAAACGUUAAAUACCCAAUGCUGUUUGAGAUAUUGGCCCGGGAGAGCAAUACACGGGCAUUUGGUGGCGUUCUCGAGUUUACUUCGGAGGAGGGGAGAGUGUAUCUACCCAAAUGGAUGUUCCGAGGUCUCGGUAUAACAGUUGGUGGGCUCGUUGAGGUAUUGUCCACUGAUGUACCACAGGGCCGGUUUGUGAAAUUAGAACCGCAGUCGACCGACUUUUUGGACAUUUCGGAUCCAAAGGCUGUAUUAGAGACUGCGCUAAGGAAUUUCUCGACUUUGACCGUCGAGGAUAUAAUAGAAAUUAACUACAAUGACACCAUUUAUGGCAUAAAAAUAUUAGAGGUAAAACCGAAAUCUGCCAUACAGAGCAUAUGCGUCGUGGAAACAGAUUUGGUGACAGAUUUUGCUCCACCCAUAGGAUACGUCGAACCCGAAAGAUUUUCAGACAAGAUAAAAGCCCCAGUCGAUAAAGCUGCUGCGAACAGCAACCGCACACUAGGACCCAUGUCGAAACGGAUAAAAUAUAACGAACUUUUGAACACAACCAAUAACGAGUCGUUGUUUUUGGGGAAAGGAUUGAAACUUUCAGGGAAACAACCAAAGACGAAGGAUGAUACAGAGACGUCUUUUAAAAAAAUCAAUCUAUCACUAAAUGAAAUACCGGCAAGGUUGGACUUACCAAAGGGCCAACUGUUUUUUGGAUUCCCUAUUAUCCCACCUAAAGCUCUCCCAAAUGAAGCCACCGGUGCCGACGACAUCGCAAAACAACCACGGUUUCUGGGAAUUGGAGCGUCCUUAAGAAAGAGUUCAAAAAAGAGAAGAAAUACAAGUGGAGAAACCGAUGCACCAAGCUCGAAAAAGAAAAACCCUAAACCUAAGAAAGAGUCGGCUCCGGAGAAUCCAGAAAUAAUCGAAAUUGAUUAA